AUCAUUAGCUGUCUUCGGUAAGUCAUCCAAGUAAGACGUAUCGUAUCAAUCAGCUAUCACUGAAAGUAAAAAUAAACAAUGGAUGGAAUUCAUCUGAGAAGCAUUUUGCACAUUGCUCUGCUUUGUGCUGCCAUAAGCUUAAGCUGGGGAGGUACUGAUUAUGCCCCCGAAAAGAAAUCUUAUGUAGUCACUGGCGAUGUUUAUCCACCAACCGACAUGUACUCAUUGAAAAAGAUCGUGAAUUACGAGUACGCCCUCGAUGAUUUCUACGGUAACAAACAUUCGAAAAAGGAGAAGAUCGAUGGAGAAACUGCUGUGGGCGAGUACAAGACGCUUCUUCCUGAUGGCAAAGAACAAACAGUUACAUACGAGUCAGGACCUUAUGGCCAUUUAGCCAAUGUGGCUUACACCGAAGGCAAAACUUCUGCCCCGGAAUACAAAGCUCCUGCGCCAGCUCCAGUGUAUGAAACUCCUGCGCCAACACCAGCCCCUACCUAUCAAGCACCUGCUCCGGCCUACCAGGCACCUGCUUACAUCGAACCUGCAUACGAAAAGAAGAAGGUGAGCUACGAAUACGCAGUUGAUGAUUACAAAGGAAACAAGCACUCCAAGAAGGAAACCAUUGAUGGAGAAACGGCUGUAGGACAGUACAAGACUCUUCUUCCUGAUGGCAAAGAGCAAACCGUCACCUACGAAUCAGGACCUUCAGGUCAUUUAGCCAACGUCAGUUAUGCGCAAGGCCAGGUUUAUGCCCCAGCUCCUAGUUACGAAGCUCCUGCUCCAGCACCCGUUUACACAACACCUGCCCCGGUUCCAGCGUACAUGGCUCCUGCUCCUUCGUACAUGGCUCCUGCUCCUGCACCAGUAUACACAACUGCUGCUCCAGCUCCAACGUACACGACUGCUGCUCCAGCUACAACCUACAUGGCUCCUGUUCCAGCCCCCGUAUACGCAUCUCCUGCUCCAGUCCCGGUGUACAAGGCUCCUGCUCCAGCUCCAAUCUACAUGGCGCCUGCCCCGGCCCCGGUAUACACAAUCCCUGCUCCAGCGUACAAGGUUCCUGCUUCAGUAUACACAACUGCUGCACCAGCUCCAGCCUACGAAGCCCCUGCUCCGGCACCGACACCUUACAAACCUCCUGCUUACGUUGAACCUGCGUACGAAAAGAAGAAGGUGAGCUACCAAUACUCAGUUGAUGAUUACAAAGGAAACAAACAUUCCAAAAAGGAAACCAUUGAUGGAGAAACGGCCGUUGGAGAAUACAAGACUCUUCUUCCUGAUGGCAAGGAGCAAACCGUCACCUACGUGUCCGGUCCUGUUGGUCAUUUAGCCAGCGUCAGUUAUGCACAAGGCCAAAUCUAUGCCCCAGCUCCAAUGUACAAAGCUCCUAUGCCAGCUCCAGCAUACACAACACCUGCUCCAGCCCCGGCCUACAUGGCUCCUGCUCCAGCUCCAACCUACAUGGCGCCUGCACCAGCUCCGGCAUACACAACACCUGCGCCAACACCUGCCUAUAUGGAACCAGCCUACGAAAAGAAGAAGGUGAGCUACCAAUACUCGGUUGAUGAUUACAAAGGAAACAAGCACUCCAAGAAAGAAACCAUUGAUGGAGAAACGGCUGUAGGAGAAUACAAGACUCUUCUUCCUGAUGGCAAAGAACAAACGGUGACGUAUGAGUCAGGGCCUUAUGGUCAUUUAGCCAAUGUAGCGUACGGAGAAGGCCAAAAAUAUGCCACAGCCCCUGUUUAUACUACACCUGCGCCAGCUUAUGAGACUCCGGCUCCCGUUAUGACUACGCCUGCUCCAGUUUACGAGACACCUGCACCUGUGUACACAACGGCCGCCCCGGCUUACACAACAGCAGCUCCGGUUUACACAACAGCCGCUCCGAUUUACACUACACCUGCACCUGUUUACACAACGGCUGCCCCGGUUUACACGACUGCGGCUCCAGCUUAUGAGACUCCUGCAGCUUACAAACCACCCCCUAAGGCCCCGUUCGUACACACCAAAACCUCGGUCACCUAUGUGAAAAUGCCUUACGUUCCUAAACCUGCUCCGGUCCCUUCCUACCCAGCACCGGCCCCUUCUUACCCAGCUCCUACUACGUAUGCUCCUGCUACGACCACUUAUGCUCCUACCACAACUACUACCUAUGCCCCUACUACUACCUAUGCCCCUACUACUACCUACGCCCCUACUACCACUACCUACGCCCCUACUACAACUACCUACGCCACUACCACCGCCGCUACUACCACCACCUACGCUCCUACCACUACUACCCCUCCUGCCACCCCUAAGCCUUCUUACGUUUCAUUCCCACCCUACAUUGCUCCUACCUACCCUGUUCCCGUCCCUACUCUUGCACCAUCUUCUUAUGUUCCUCCGGCCACCACUCCUGCCUACACUGCUCCAAGCCCCUCCGCUCCAUCUUAUGCUCCGAAGCGUAUGAUGUCCGCGUAUGGUAGACGGUAGACG